AUGCUCUCGACUGUCAAGCGGCCGCUCGCCGCACUGCCAUGGCGCACCAGCACCCUGUCGCCCACGAUCCUCCCCUUGCGCCGCCAGAUGCGCACCCCGCGCGGCCAGGUGCCCGCACGCUACGCCGCGGCGCUCGCUCAAGUGCGCACGGGCGGUGGAGGGGGCGGAGCUGCUGGAGAUGGAGCGGGCAAGGCGGGCAAGGGCAAGGGCAAGGACGGGCUCAAGGGCGCGCGGCAACCCUCACCUCGAGACCUUGUCGCACACCUCAACGAGUACGUUAUCGGGCAGGAGCGAGCCAAGAAGGUGCUCGCCGUCGCCGUCUACAACCACUACGCCCGCCUUCAACAGCUCGUCGAGCAGGACGAGCGCGCCAAGACCAAGCCGCGCACGUCCUCGCUCGGCGUCCCGCUGCCGUUCCAGACGGCAGGCUGGACCCCUGUCGAGCCCGACGCCCUCACGCCCGACGAGCGCAAGCGCGUCGACGCCUUCUCGCAGUCGACCCUCUUCUCGGCACCUCGAGCCGCCGACAUCAAGCCCAAGCCUCGAAACCGCAAAGGGCCGUCGCGCGAGGAGGCAAAGGAGAGCGCGGCGGCAGCGGCGGGCGAGGACGCGCCGAGGAAGGGUUCUUCGCGCGACGAGGCCAAGGAGAGCGGGGCAGGAGCGGUGGGCGAUGACGCGUCGAGCGAGGCGAGCAAGGGGGCCGUCGCGCCGUCGCCAGCCAGCGACUCGAGCACGGCGACACGGUACUUCCGCACGCCGGCGGGCGAGCUCGCCUUCUUCCAGGUCCAGGUCGCCGACCCGGACGACGCGGCGGCCAAGGACCCGACGCUGUACAACCGCGCUCCCGAGAUCUACGUCGUCGACGACAAGGCGCCCUCGUCGCCGUCGACCGCCUCGGACCGACCGCCCGUCAACGAGUCGUCGCCCAACCCGUCCGACAUCCUCACCGACUUCCUCGGUCAAGUCGGCGGCUCGCUCCGCACGCCGCGACCUUCCUCCAUCGCGCACGCCCAGCCGCCCCUGUUCGAGAAGAGCAACGUCCUCCUCCUCGGGCCGACCGGCGUCGGCAAGUCGCUCCUCGCGAGGACGCUCGCGCGCGCCCUCGACGUCCCGUUCGUCAGCGUCGAGGCGACGAGCAUGACGAGCGCUGGAUACGUCGGCGAGGACGUCGAGAACUGCGUCGCGAGGCUCGUCGAGGCGGCAGAUGGCGACGUCGAGCGUGCGGGGCGUGGGAUCGUGUUCAUCGACGAGAUUGACAAGAUUUCGUCGGCAGGAGGUGCCUCGCGAGAUGUUGGCGGCGAGGGCGUGCAGCAGGCGCUGCUCAAGAUGCUCGAGGGCACGGUCGUCAACGUCAGCGAGCACGGCUACUCGGGCGGUGGCGGCGGCGGCGGUGGCGGCAUGUUCGGGGCUUUCGGUCGGAGAGGAGGAUCUCGAGAUUCGACGCUCGUCGACACGACCAACGUCCUCUUCAUCGUCGCCGGCGCCUUUGUCGGCCUCGAGAAGAUCAUCCAGGCGCGCCUGUCGAAGGGCUCGAUGGGCUUCACCGCCCGCAUCGCUCCUUCGCCCGCCUCAACUUCCUCCUCUACCUCUUCCUCUCCUGUCGCACCCUUCUCGCCGCAUCACCCUUCGACCUUCAGCACGAGGGGCGGCGCAGGCGCCAACGACUCGCCGCAGCCCGACCUGUCGCGCCUGCUGGACCAGUGCGAGCCGGCCGACUUGAUCUCGUUCGGCCUCAUCCCUGAGCUCAUUGGCCGACUGCCGAUCACGGCCGCCCUGCGGUCGUUGACCGAGAAGGACCUCAUGCGCGUCCUCACCGAGCCCAAGAACGCCCUCGUCAAGCAGUACACCGAGCUGUUCUCGGCGAGCGGUGUCGAGCUACGCUUCACCUCUCCCGCACUACGCGCCGUCGCCGCGCAAGCCGUGCAGAAGCAGACGGGCGCACGAGGCCUGCGUCGCAUCCUCGAGGACGUCCUCCUCGACUCUAUGUUUGACGCUCCUCAAUCGUCGAUCCGCUACGUCCUCGUCACCAAGCCCGUCGUCGCCGCCGGCGAGCCAGCGCACUACUACUCGCGCGGCCAGAAGCACGUCUUUGAGACCGACUUUGCGGCCGAGGAGGACGAUGCGGGUGACGGGACUGGGGAAGGCGCCGGGCACGGGCAGAAGGAGCGCGUCGGCGCUCUCGAGGAGGGCGAGAAGCAGAAGCGCGCCGGCAAGCGCAAGGCGGUCGCGUGAGCGGGUCGGGAGCGUCUCGUUGGAGGUCCUCGUCGCGUGUAAUCCUACCCUGUCCAGAGCCCUGUC